AUGGCCCAGUCCCUGUGUCCUCCGCUCUCUGAGUCCUGGAUCCUCUCCACAGGCUGGGGCCCGGCUCAGCCGCCGCCGGCCUCCGACGGGGACUGCAGCUGCUCCCCCGCCUCGUCCCCAGACUCCUGGAGCAGCGCCCCGGCCGGCAGUCCCGUGCCUGGCCCCGGGAGGCCCGUCUCCCGCGCCGCCCUCUGCGCCCCGACGGCGGGGAGACGCGGCGCCCGCGGCAGCCGCCUGGGCAGCGGGCAGCGGCAGAGCGCCAGCGAGCGCGAGAAGCUGCGCAUGCGCACGCUUGCCCGCGCCCUGCACGAGCUGCGCCGCUUUCUGCCGCCGUCCGUGGCGCCCGCCGGCCAGAACCUGACCAAGAUCGAGACGCUGCGCCUGGCCAUCCGCUACAUCGGCCACCUGUCGGCCGUGCUGGGCCUCAGCGAGGAGAGCCUGCAGCGUCGGCGCCGGCGACACGGCGACGCGGCGCUCCCUCGGGGCUGCCCGCUGUGCCCCGACGGCGGCCCCGCGCAGGUGCAGACGCAGGCGUGCGGUCCUGGCUCAGCCGCUGGCGCCGCGGUGUCCUGGGGGUCCCCGCCCGCGUGCCCCGGAGCCCUAGCGGCGCCCGAACCGCGCGACCCGCCGGUGCUUUACGACGAGGCGGCGUGCCCGGAAGGGCCGGCGAUGGAGCCAGUCCCCGCAUCCCCGCUCUUUCCCGGCGACGUAAUGGCCUUGCUGGAGACCUGGAUCCCCCUCUCACCCCUGGAGUGGCCGCCGGCCUGA